CUUCCCAUUCGCAGACCACGUGACCCAGCUCGCAUGCCCUUCACUAGUUCAUUCAGCAUGAUGGCUGCGGAUGCUGCGGAUGCUCCGCGCUGCAUCCUGCAUCCGAGCCGGCUCUCCUUCCUCUUCCUAACCGUCACCCUCUCCUCUCUGCCGGCCCCGACGCCGGCGCUGCUCGGUGUCCGGCCGGAAGACACCCAAAGCGGGGAUCUGUCCGUGCAGGACGGGAUCCUGAGAGCCACGGAGGGAACUCGCUUCGUGCUGCGGGUUUACUACUCCAUAUCUCCUGUCACCGAGCGUUCCAGCGGCGUGAACGCCAGCGGCAGACCCGACUCCGCUCCGGACGGCCCGUGGAUCGCGUUCAUAGAGGAGCCGGGUGCGGAAAACGGGGUCGCGCAGGGGCGGCUCCGUUCCAAAGGGAACCCGUGCGAGGAGGAGAACGCCCGCAGCUCCGACAUCGAACUGCUGGGCUCCUUCCGAUCCAGCUCAAGUCACAACUCCGUUCUGGUGGAGCUGCUCGCCAAAGACCUGCGCAGGGGCGAAAGGGUCAAAUACUAUUCCAUGUGCGCGUUUGAUGGAGCGAAAUGGGAGCACUUCAGCACCAAAGACUUCUGGCUGGCGGUGACGGAGAGACCCGCGGACGCGCACGUUUGGCUGCAGGCGGGCGUCUCCGUGCUGCUGCUGGCUCUGUCCGCGCUGUGCAGCGGUCUGAACAUCAGCAUGCUGGCGCUGGACCCCGUGGAGCUGCGGGUGCUGCAGAACAGCGGCACCGACAAGGAGCAGAAGUACGCGCACAAAAUAGAGUCGGUGCGCAAACACGGCAACUACAUCCUUUGCACCGUGGUGCUGGGCAACGUGCUGACCAACACCUGCUUCGUGGUGUGGAUGUGCCAGAUUCUAGGGAUGACCGCUCUCUCCACGGCCUCGUGCACCUUCGGGAUUUUCUUCAUCGGCGAGAUCUUACCUCACUCCGUGGCGUCCAGGCACAGCCUCGCCAUCGCCUCCAAGACGCUCUGCGCCACGCGCCUGCUGAUGCUGGUGUUCUUCCCCAUCGCGUACCCGGUGUCCAAGAUCCUGGACGUCCUGCUGCACCAGGAGAUCAGCAGCUUCUACACCAGGGAGAAGCUGGUGGCCAUGCUGCGCGUCACCGACCCGUACCACGACCUGGUCAAGGAGGAGCUCAACAUCAUCCAGGGAGCCCUGGAGCUGAGGAGCAAGACGGUGGAGGACGUGCUGACGCCGCUGUCCGACUGCUACAUGCUGGCGUCGGACGCCGUGCUGGACUUCUGCACCAUGUCCGACGUGAUGCAGAGCGGCUUCACGCGCAUCCCGGUCUACGAGAACGAGCGGUCCAACAUCGUGGACAUCCUGUUCGUCAAAGACUUGGCGUUCGUGGAUCCUGACGAUUGCACCCCCCUUAAAACCAUCACUCAGUUUUACAAGCACCCCAUGCACUGCGUGUUCAAUGACACGAAGCUGGACGUGAUGCUUGAGGAGUUUAAAAGAGGUAAAUCCCACCUGGCGGUGGUGCAGCGGGUGAACAGCGAGGGGGAGGGAGACCCCUUCUAUGAGGUGAUGGGCAUCGUCACGCUGGAGGACGUCAUCGAGGAGAUCAUCAAGUCCGAGAUCGUGGACGAGACGGACCUGUACACCGACAAUCGCACCAAACGCAGGGUGUCCAACCACGAGCGGAAGCAGCAGGACUUCUCCAUCUUCAAGAUGUCCGAGAGCGAGCUGAAGGUGAAGAUGUCGCCCCAGCUGCUGCUCGCGACCCACCGCUUCUUGGCCACAGAGGUGGAGCCCUUUAGGCCCUGUCACCUGUCGGAGAAGAUCCUGCUGCGCCUCAUCAAGCACCCCUGCGUCGUGCAGGAGCUCAAGUUCAACGCCAAGAACAAACACUCCCCUCAGCACUUCCUGUUCCAGAGAAACAAGCCCGUCGACUACUUCGUCCUCGUCCUGCAGGGACGGGUGGAGGUGGAGAUCGGGAAGGAGGCUCUGCGCUUCGAGAACGGAGCCUUUUCCUACUACGGCAUGCCCGCACUCAUCCCGCCUCUGCCCAUCGGCCACAGGAACAGCUCUCGCGGCAGCGGCCUGAACCAGUCGGACUCCCUGCUGAGCGGCGGCAGCGUCGGCCAGCUGGCGGCCGGAGGGGGGCUCUACCUACCCGACUACUCCGUGCGACAGCUCACAGACCUGCAGAUCAUCAAGAUCACCAGGAACCACUACCAGAACGCGCUGACGGCCACCAGGAUGGACAGCUCCCCGCAGACCCCGGACCCCCUGGACCCGGACGCCAAGGGCCGGCCCCCGGGCCCCGAGGCGCGCUCCCACAGCAUCGCCCUCCCGCUCACGCACGCGCACACGCGCCUGGGGCUGGCGCGCCUCGCACACCUCCACCCCCACGGCGGCCUCCGCAGCACGUCCCACCUCAACGAGCGGAACCGCAUCGUCCGCAGCAAGUCUGACGGGCAGAGAAGUCCAAAUGAUACCGUGUUCCUCCGAAUGGAUGAGAUUCCCUACAUCCACGAGGACCGACCGGACUACGGAGAGAACGACUCGCCCGCGGACUCUCAGCCGUCCACGUCGCCCUUCAUCAGCUCCCUGUCGCUGUCCGGCUCCGAGGAGAACAUGGGGAAGAAGCUUCUGCGUAAACUGAGCAACAAGAGGAGGAAAAAGUCCAGGGAUGGAGAGAGGAGUCCGGAGGACGGCUCGGAUCAACCGCCGGUGACGAGCUAGCGCAGCGACAGUGUGGAGGAGGCGCUGGGCCUCCUCACGCUGCGUAGACCCCCCCCCCCCCCCCCCCCCCCCCCCCCCACCAUGUCUGCUGUAGCCACUGAUAUAACUCAGGUCCCCACUGACGUGCUCUGUCCCUUCACACCCCAGAACAAUGACCGGGUCGAGGCCACUGAAGGCCGUUGGUUAGAUCUAAACAGCAAACAGGUGGAUUUCCCCUGCCUUACACCAGACUGUAUGCAGCUGCAGGUUUCAAUCCCGCGUUUUGUCGGUUGCAUUCGUAUCGUGAGCAUUUAAUCAUCUCGUUUAAGCCAUGGUGUGUUUUUAAGCCGCAGCGUAGCUUAAAAUCGGACUCAACAGGAUCUGCCAAAUCUCAAUACUUUCAAUUAUACCUGAGCCAACUUUAACCUUGUACUUGAUCAAGAGUGGAAACAAAAGCAUUGGGUGUUUAUUUAUUACAGGGCAGUUCCCACAAUCUGAAAGCGAUCUUUGCACAGGGAGCGUUCCCAACGCGGCCAGAAGGUUCCACCUACUGCCACCAUAAGCAAAAGCACCAAGAAAAACACUAGACAAAAGCACAUUUUAUAGCGUUUUUAUAUCAGAUGAAAAUAAAAGGUAUUUAAACAAGCCAUAACUUAAAUCUUAACUUGAAUGACUUUACAUUGUAUUCACUGGCCUCUCAGCGACUUAUGCACAGAUUAAAAGCAUGUCUGAGACAGAAAACAGGAACUUGUUGCCGGAUGUUUGUAACAAUAAUAUCAGGUUUACGGAGUCUGAUGUGAUUUAAACAUAGCAAUAGAAGUCACUGCACAGUGAAGAGCGUAACGUGAGCGACUUGAAUCAUCACCUCAGAAUUAUAGCGUCAAACACCAUCAUCACAUUAACAGCAGUCGCCUGCUCGUCCUCUCAUUAUUGCAUUAUUGCAUUUGAAGCAUCAUCAGAGUCUCUGACCUCCUGCCACCUUUCUAUGAACUUCACCCCAGUCACUAAAGCUGCUCACACCAACCUAAAAUAAGCUAGAGGUCUUAGGAUCCAAGUGGAUAUUAUUAUUGGAUGGACAGUAUUGAUCCAACUUGCAUGUGUGUUUUUGCUGCUCUUUACUGUAGACUUAUCCAUUGUACAAAUAUUUUCCUCAUGCAUGACGAUGUACAAGGACGCAUGGACGGGAUGCCUCCAGUCCGCAGUAACUGCCCUGUACAGAAGCCAUGCGACCUAAUGCCAUCUCACCUUUAAAAGCCAUUCACUCCGAGAAGAAGAGAGAAAGUCAGGCCACUGCGCUAUUAUUGGGAAACUCUGGCAGGUACACGGAGUCAAAGGGAGAUAUGAAAGAGGAAGGCAAUGACGCACACUGACGUCAAGUCAACUCCCCCCAUGCAAGAACACACACACACACACACACACACACACACACACACACACACACACACACACACACACGCACGCACGCACACACACACACACACACACACGCACACACACACGCACGCACACACACACACGCGCGCGCGCGCACACACACACACACACACACACACACACACACACACACACACACACAUAGACUUUAUUCAUUCUGCCUGGAAGCACUAAGGCUGUUGCUGCUAAGCUUUUCUUCACGGUGGGAGGUCCUUUGAUCUGACAACUGGCUGAGCGAGGGCUCGCGUCAAUCAGAAGCUCUGGCGAAGCAGAACGCUUUCAAAGCGCUCCCGUUCCGCUUACAGGGGUUUAUAUUUGCGACGUGACAGGAAAAGUUAGUUUUGUACAGCAAAAUGCAGACAAAGUUUCCCAAAGAUAUCACGAGACAGACCAUGUUCUACAACAGGACAUUAGUAAUAUAUUAAUAAAUUGAUUAAACAA